AUGACCAGCGCAAUUACAAGCUCGAGGUCUAUUGAAGAAGUUUUGGCAGUAGUUGGAAGCGCAAGGCCGCAGGAGUUGAACGAGAUCUCCAUGUCUGCUGGCAUCACCCGCAUUGCUCAGCUGCAACAAACUCUGCAUGCUUCCCAUCUACAGACAGGAGCUUUCAAAACUUUGCUUGAAGGUAUGAGUAACUGCUUGCGCAAUCCGUCAGUGCAACCUGCGGUAGUGGCAAGCAUCUUGUGGGCAAUAGCGUCCGCACGCAACGAUGCCCCAGAGUUGCAGCAACUCCUGUCGGCAGCAGUUUUUGGGCUUCAGUCUUCUGCCGCUGAGAUGCAGCAGAGGGAGGUCACCAAUUCCAUUUGGGCCAUAGCAACCUUGCACACCUACGUCCCACAAGCACGUUCCUCCCUGAACAUCGAAGCGACGUGCGAACUGUUUGCGAGCAAGAAAGCAGCCUUUGCAAAGAUAGGACAUGUCCAAGCUGCAGGAAAUGCCUUAUGGGCACUCGGUCGUCUCAAGACGGUUGCCUUGCCGCCAUUUCGGGAGCACCUUCAGCCAAUUCUUCUCGAGCGCUGCCGUGAAGUACUUGCAUGUGAUGUUUUCGAGGUCGACAGGACGGUCAGGUUGACAGGAGUUGCUCGAAUCGCAUGGGCUUUGUCCUUACUGGAGUGCCGGGAGGAAACUAUCAUUGGCAGAGUCAGGGAACUGUUCUUGCAGGUGGCUCCACAAUAUUCAGACAAUCGCCUGAUGCCCUUUGUAGAUGUGCUGUGUGCCUUGGCAAAGCUCCACAUGCCGGAUGGGGGCCUGCUUGAAGUGGUGGCAUCGCGCACGUGGCCUGUGAAGUCCAUGCGUGAUUGGGAUCUGUGUGCCUUGGCCUGGGCUCAUGAGACCCUGGAUUCGCAGAAAGACUUCAGCACCUUCCACAUCAUGCUCAGGAAAGAGAUAGCGUCCCGCGGGCUGACGGAGCGCCACGUCCUGCACAGCCAGUUCGGCUACGAGGAAUGGCAAAACCUUGAUGGAGAACGUAAGGCUAGCUAG